CAGGUACGUGUAGGUUUGAACUUUUGCGGUGCUGAUCACUCUUCUGUUGUACAAACUGGGUGGCCUAGAGCCACCAUGAUUCUGGUUGCUUGCUAGCUGCUGGAGGAGGUGGCAUUUCAGCAGAUUCAUUCAGUACUGCGACAUCACUCAAGCGAAGUGGUUUUCGGGCUAUUGUUUAUCUUGUGGUGUUCACUUAAGAAGCCUCAUCAAAUGCAACUUCUGUUGCAUUAUACGAAUUCUAGUGAGGCUUCUACAUUGAUCGGUGCAAUGUCAAGUGUGAUUCUGUGCGGUGCAAGAAUACCACAAGAGAAAAACCGCGACAUUCUGUGACUAUGUUUUUAAGAGAAAUAGGAAUAUGUUCAUGUUGCGGCAAUUAAUCUUGCAUGAAGAUUCUUUUUAGGCAUACUACUAUGGAGUGAGAAACGUUAAACAAGUAAAAAAAGUUUGAACAUAUCGUUUAAUGCUAUGCUUUACUACGAAUCGUCAGAUAACAGCUCGUGCUCAGAUGACAGCUAGAUUGAUUGAUUAGUCUGCUGAUUGGAAUCAUAUCUCUUGUAUGGAUAGCUUAUGUGGUGUGUAUGGUAUCAUCUUAAUUGUGCUGGAAUACGACGGCCCAUCGUUAGUAGGAAAGCAGUCACCAGAAUGGCCAUUUCAAAUCCAGCGUACGUGCAUGACGAACCGUCGCAGGACAGAACGACGGAUAGACAUCUCUCUCGAGGAAGGAAUUCACUUUCAACGACGGAUUUUUCAUUCUCGAAUGUGUCAUCCGAAUCCAGUACGGCAGUUUGUGUUUCCUCACAGUCAAGUGAUGCUAAUCUUACAAAAACCUUCAAAGGAAUCCCAGCCAAACGUGACAAGUGGGGCAAGGAUAUUGAAUUUCUUCUAUCCUGCAUUGCGCUCUCCGUCGGACUUGGUAACGUCUGGCGCUUUCCAAUCGCAGCAUUGGAAAAUGGAGGUGGAGCAUUCGUGAUUCCGUACUUGAUUGUGCUGCUUUUGGUCGGACGUCCGAUCUACUACUUGGAAAUGCUAAUUGGUCAGUUUUCCAGUCGUGGCUGCAUCGAUGUUUACGAUGCGUCCCCGGCUAUGCGUGGAAUUGGUUACGGCCAAACCUAUUCGACGUUUAUAGUGAUGACUUACUAUGCAUCGCUGAUGGGUCUGACGGUACGAUACUUGAUUGCUUCCUUCGGAAACCCAUUGCCUUGGAGCGAGUGUCAAGCAAGCUGGAAUACAACCUGUAUAAACUCAAAACUGGUGGCUGUGGAUUUUGGGGAUAAUUCCAGUGCCGUGAAAGUUACCUCUGCAGAGUUGUUUUUUGUCAAGGAAGUAUUGAAGGAAACAGGCUCGAUUGAUGCUGGAAUUGGAAAGCCGGACUGGAGACUGGUGUUGUGUUUAUUGUUUCCAUGGAUUUGUAUCUGCUUGACGCUGAUUAAAGGCAUUAGGAGCUCGGGCAAAGCAUCCUAUUUUCUGGCCAUUUUUCCUUAUGUCAUAAUGCUACUGCUGCUGAUCAGAGCCUGUACUCUGGAAGGGGCUGGUGCAGGGAUGCUGUAUCUAAUCAAACCGCAAUGGGAUCGUAUCCUCGAGGCUAAAGUUUGGUACUCGGCUGUCACGCAGAUGUUUUUCUCGUUAACCGUAUGCUUUGGUAAUGUUAUUAUGUACUCAUCCUUCAAUCGAUUCACAAAUAAUGUUUAUAGAGAUGUUACAAUCGUCACCAUACUGGACACAUGUACCUCCAUGCUAUCGGGAUUGAUUGUUUUCGGAGUCAUUGGACACUUGGCAUACGUGGCGGACAUCCCCGACAUCAAAAACGUAGUUCGAGGUGGAGCUGGUCUGGCGUUUAUCACUUACCCGGAGGCAAUCGCAAAGUUUCAAAUAUGGCCGCAAUUUUUUGCUGUCACCUUCUUCCUAAUGCUGUUCGUUCUCGGAAUUGGAAGCAAUGUCGGUAUGGCAACCACAGUUUUGACCGUGAUUCGAGAUAGGUUUCCGAACCUGAAACCUUCCCUGGUGGCGCUUGGGAUUGCUGUUGUUGGUUUUAGUGUGGGGAUUGUCUACACCACGCCCGCCAGUCAAUAUCUGUUGGAUUUUCUAGACUUUUACGGUGCAUCCUUCGUUGCGCUUGUGCUGGCGGUAUUUGAGAUAUUCACUUUUGCAUGGAUCUAUGGCGUUGGCCGAAUUUGCCGCGAUAUCGAGUUUAUGCUGGGCAUCAAAACUGGUCUUUACUGGCGCCUGUGCUGGGGUUUCAUAACGCCUGUUAUGCUUCUAGCUAUUUUGAUCUACCACAUUGCAACAUACAAGCCGUUUACUUUCCAGGGCUAUGUGUUUUCGGAUGGAAUGUAUGCCUUAGGAUGGUGCGUUUUCGCGGCUGGUGUACUGCAGCUUCCUGCUUGGGCUGUUUAUGCUUUUUUGCAACAAAAAGAAUCCAACUGGCGCGUUAGGUUGCUUAAUUGUUUCAAACCGACAAAUACCUGGGGCCCGGAAGAUCCUGAGCUUAACUUCAAGUAUCGUGAGAAGGUGUUAAAACAUAAACAGACACUGCCGAUGGAUCGGAGCAUUUAUCGAAAAUUUGUUGAUAAUGUUUUCCGUUAACUGAUUGAUUGCGAUCAUCAAGAUUACGGUGAUUGUUAACUUACCUAAGAAAAUUAUCUUUUUAAUGAUUCAAACAGUAUUACCAAACAUUUAGAUGUUUAAGCUUUUAAUGUGUGUCCCUAGAGAUAAAUAAUAAAAAUAAAAUGGUUAUUGCCAAUCACAAAUAUAGUAUAAUUCAUAUAUUAAUGUUCCAGAUCACCAAGUAAUUGUUAUCUAUAAGUCUUUGUCGGUGUCUAUUUAAACACUGAUUCAGAUAAAUAUAAUAAACGAUAACAAGCGUUCAUGUGUGCUGAUUAUCUAGCAUGUUAGUAAAUGAGUUUUUUGUGUAGUUAUCAACGUAAACAACCGAAGUCCAGCCGCCCUAUUAUAAUAUAGGAAUUCGAUCACCCUGUUGCCUUUCUGCGCUGAAGGAAUAAAAAAAUACAGCAAAAUAAAGUUAGGAGAAGAAAGCCAAACUAAAGGCGAUUUUGGAUUUUACCUGAUUGUUAAAUAAAAUUUAAAAAUAACGAAUACGUAAAAAAAUCAAAAGUUUUACUUAUUUUAAUGAAAUUUUAAUAAGAAUAAUUAAUUAAAAAUAAGUAUGUAAUGAAACAAAUGUUGAGAUGAGGUUAACUCAUUAAUAUAAUAUUUAUUUCAGUUGAAUAAUCUAAUAUCUUGAACCAAAACUGGGAGGGAAACUAGAUAAAGUGAAAUAAAAAUAUUCAAUAAACUAUAUUCCACAUAAAAGAUAUGUAUUCAAAUUAAAUAAGAAACCGUCAUAACAGUUUAUCACGAUCACGAAGAUAUCGUUGAUAUAGACGUGAUAAUUUAGGGAAGCUUAUUUAGGUAUUAAAACACCAAUUAUGGCGGUAAGAUAAAUCGAAUUAAUAUCUGUGCAAAGAAGACUUCUCAAGAACGGCUGAAGAUGAAAUGGACGUUGAUGAAUGAAAUUAAAAUCUAACAAUAAGUAUAUAAAGAAUUUAUUUAAAAAUAAGGAUGGUUUAGUAAAAUCUAAAAAGGAGGAGUUAAGGAGGAAAGGUUUCAUUAAGCAAAGAUAAAAUGAAAAAAUGUAGUAUAAUAAAACAGAAACUGAAUGUGGGUUAAAAUAACAUCACGUAAACAAAAUACAGAAACAGCUUUGAUCUACCUAUAAGCAAAGAGCGGAUUCAUGCAAAUCGAAUAUAAUGCUUUGGCAAAAUUUUACGUUCGUGAAGGGCCGUAUAUUGAUAAUCUCGGUAAGUUAUAUAUAUUGUAUUUUGUUAGUUCAAGCGUUAUUGGCAAACCGAUAAAAUACUGUCUAAAUUACCAAAUAUAUCAAAGUAUGAACACGACAUGAGUAAUUUACCGGACGACCAUCAGAAUCGCAGUAUCUAUAUAGUAGAAUAUUGUAAUAAAUAAUUAGUUUUGGCUAGCCCACAUAAUAAUCACUUGUAAUUCGUGUCACACAAACUACGUAUUUCAGCUCAUUUUUAUUCACAUUGUCACGAGAUAAUGAUUUGAU